AAGGAUAACAUUACAUUAAACAAUACAUAUCUGAUCCCAAAUUAACUUAAAAGUGACAUCUUAUGUCAAAUCCUACUAUUGCAAUAAAUAUUAAAUAUUCUAAGUUACUAGUGAUGAUUAUCACUCUAUUUAGGAUUAUAAGUUUCUCAUAUGUUCUUCUUCACUUCACACUAAUGACUCAGCGAAGAUUAUUAUGUCCUUAAAAUCCCUUCAAAAUUUCGAAAGUGAUCCAUAAGGAACAAAAGCAAGUCUUCCAUGGCAGCAAGAGAGAAGAAAGGCCCUCAUGCCAUACUCAUAGCUUAUCCACUUCAAGGCCACCUCAUCCCUUCAGUGCACCUCGCCAUCAACCUCGCAUCACGAGGCUUCACCAUCACCUUUGUCAACACCCACUCCAUCCACCACCAAACCACAAAAACCAUCAACGGCAACCGCAGCGGCGAAGACAUCUUCGCUGCCGCACGUGAGUCCGGCCUCGACAUACGGUACGAUACUGUGUCGGAUGGCCUCCCCGUGGAGCUGGACAGGUCACUCAACCACGACGAGUUUAUGUCGGGAUUGGUGGACCUGAUGCCAGCCCACGUGGAAAAACUGGUGGCGAAGAUCAUGCAACAAUUUUCGCCACCUGUUACAUGCUUAGUGGUGGACACUUUCUUUGUAUGGGGAUCACCCAUAGCCAAGAAGUUCGGCUUGCUUUGCGUUUCGUUUUGGACAGAGCCUGCUUUGGUUUAUACGCUUUACUACCACAUGGAUCUUCUUAAGAAAAAUGGUCAUUUUGCUUGCCAAGAUAUUAGAAAAGACCCAAUUGACUAUAUACCUGGGUUGAAAACAAUUGAUCCAAAGGAUCUCACAUCAUAUCUUCAAGACUCUGAUACAUCAUCAGUGGUGCAUAAAUUGAUCUUCGCAGCAUUUAAUAAUGCUAAAGGUGCAGAUUUUGUGCUAUGCAACACGGUGCAAGAGCUAGAGCCACAAGUCAUAGAAGCCCUACAAUCUUAUAAACCAUUCUAUGCAAUUGGACCCAUUUUCCCACUUGGGUUCACCAAUGCCACCGUGCCAACUAGCCUAUGGUCAGAGUCAGAUUGUACCCAAUGGCUCAAUUCCAAGCCUCAUGGUUCGGUUUUGUAUGCAUCUUUCGGUAGCUAUGCCCACAUCACAAAAAGUGGCCUUUGCAAAAUUGCAAAUGGGCUUUUGAUUAGUAAAGUGAAUUUUGUUUGGGUGCUCCGGCCCGAUGUUGUGAGCUCGAAUGAUAUCGACCCGCUACCCGUUGGAUUUAAGGAGGCGGUUUGUGACCGUGGGAUGAUCAUACCUUGGUGUAGUCAACGGCAAGUGUUGACUCACCCGGCAAUUAGAGGUUUCUUAACUCAUUGCGGUUGGAAUUCUAUAUUAGAAGCUAUUUGGUGUGAGCUUCCACUAUUAUGUUUUCCUUUGUUGACGGACCAAUUUACCAAUCGGAAAUUAGUGGUGGAUAAUUGGAAGAUAGGGAUUAAUUUGAUUGAUCGGACGGUGAUCACGGAGGAGGAGGUAUCUAAAAAUGUGAACCGUUUGAUGGAUAAUAAAUUAGGGAGUCAAUUGAAGGAUGCAAUAAGAGGAAUGAAGAAGAAGCUAGAAGAUGCUUUGAGUCCCAAUGGAUCCUCUGAGAAAAAUUUGAAAGCCUUCGUCAAUGAAUUCAAGCCCAACGCACAAACUCAAUGUCUUUGAAUCAUCACUACUUGUCAUAUAAAGAAAAAUAAAAUAAAAUGCCACUAGUCUAGUAGUACUUUAAUUUCUAGAUAUGUGGAAUGUGUAUUUCAUAUAUAUCUAAAAGAUUUUGGUCAUGCUA